CGGAGCCGUGAACAUGGCGGAGACCGGUCUACCAGAGGCGCUGCUCGCGCGGCUUGAAGCCAUUGACGGCUUUGACAGCGGCGAUGUGGCGGCGCAGCUCGGCGUGGACCACCAGAUGGUUGUGGGCGCCGUCAAGAGCCUGAAGUCGCAGGGAGACGUCAUCCAAGUGGAGAAUCGCUCGGCUACCAAGUGGGAGCUGAUGGAGGAGGGCAGGGAGGUGGUGGAACACGGCAGCCACGAGGCACGCGUUUUCCACGCUGUGCCCCCGGAGGGCAUCCUGCAGAGCGAGCUCGUGAAACUGCCCAAUGGGAAAGUUGGUUUCAGCAAGGCCAUGUCCAGCAAGUGGCUACGCAUGGACAAGUCUGCGGAGAAUGGGCCUCGGGUUUUCCGCAGCGUGGAGGAGAUCCGGGACCUGGUGCGGGAAAAACUGCAGCUGGUCAAGGACGGGAAGGUGGACAGUUUGGACGACAAGGAGAGAAAUGAGCUGAAGAAACGAAAGCUACUUACGGAAGUGGUGGUCAAAACCUACUGGGUGAGCAAGGGCCCCGCGUUCAGCACCUCCAUCGUCAAGCAGGAGACCGACCUCACCCCCGAGAUGAUCGCCAGUGGCUCGUGGCGCGACCUCAAGUUUAAGCCUUACAACUUUGACGCGAUGGGCAUCAUGCCGGACAGCGGGCACUUGCACCCGCUCCUCAAGGUGCGCACCCAGUUCCGGCAGAUCUUCCUGGAGAUGGGCUUUACGGAAAUGCCUACAAAUAAUUUCAUCGAGAGCUCCUUCUGGAAUUUCGAUGCGCUGUUUCAGCCCCAGCAGCACCCGGCGAGAGACCAACACGACACAUUUUUCAUCGCAGAGCCGGCCAGCGCGACGCGCUUUCCCGAGGACUACCUGGAGCGUGUGAAGCAGAUCCACUCUGUCGGGGGCUACGGCUCUCAGGGGUACAAGUACGAGUGGAAGCGAGAGGAGGCUCAGAAGAACAUCCUGCGCACUCACACGACGGCCGUGAGCGCGCGCAUGCUCUACCAGCUCGCGCAGCAGGAGAAGUUCACGCCGGUCAAGUACUUCUCCAUCGACCGGGUGUUCCGCAACGAGACGCUGGACGCCACGCACCUCGCCGAGUUCCACCAGAUCGAGGGCGUGGUCGCUGACUAUGGCCUCACGCUCGGCGACCUCAUGGGCGUGCUUCACCAGUUCUUCACCAAGCUGGGGAUUACCAAGUUGCGUUUCAAGCCGGCCUUCAACCCCUACACCGAGCCCAGCAUGGAGGUGUUCAGCUACCACGAGGGCCUCAAGAAGUGGGUGGAGGUGGGGAACUCGGGGGUGUUCCGCCCUGAGAUGCUGCUGCCCAUGGGCCUGCCGGAGGGCGUCUCCGUCAUCGCGUGGGGCCUCUCGCUCGAGAGGCCAACGAUGAUCAAGUAUAGGAUCGACAACAUCCGGGAGCUGGUGGGACACAAGGUGAACCUGCAGAUGGUGUACAACAGCCCCAUUUGCCGCCUAGAGGCGUGAAGUCUCGUCCUGGGAAACAGGAAGCCAAACCGGCAUUGGUGGGGGUGGGGGGGUGUCUUUACAAAAUCUUGGUCCAUUCAGCCUGACCUCUCGCCUGCUGGGCUGUUUUCCAAAGAAGCAAGGUCAGGUGUGUCCAGUGUAACUAAUGGGCGCCGUUUGUCAGUCACCCGCAUGGCGACUCUGGCCCAAGCCCGGACGUAUCCCCGCUGCGCCGUUCUCCUUCGCAAAGGGGAGCGGUAGACUCAAGUGCAGGACAAGCAAACGCGUUGGGCGUGGGGAAGGGCUUGUCGGGACAGGUGCACGGGUCGGUAAAUCGGUGCACGCUUGUAGAUGGCGGGGGAUGAUUAUGGUUUGUUUUGGGUUCCCACCUCCCUUGACCCCGCCGCCGCCGCCGCCGCCGCACACCACCCGGCGUCGCCUGUGACCCGGCGUCGCCUGUGAACCGGCAUUGUCCUGCCAGCUUAACAAUGAGACGAAUUCGGCAAGUGCCGGCUCCUGCACAAUGCAGGGGUCCUCGCGAACGGCCGGUGUUGACAUCGCCCUGCACGGAGUCGCUGGGCUGCUCAUUGUUGGUGACUGUCGUUGCCGCCCACGUCUCUUAUCUUUGCAACAACAAUAAAAUCUGAAACAUAUUGCACGCCUAUAGAAAUGGAGUGGUCCCGUCAGAUGGUGAAGGCCGACGAUGCUCAGAAUUAACGUCUUUUGUCUUGCUCGCCAUUUCGUGCAUUUGGGAACUCGUUUGGUUCCGCGCAAGUGACUCGCGCGCUCUCCGUUGUGAUUUUGGGUCACACCGCGGGUCGUUCGGCUUGGUGUCCGACGCGGCACAACCCGGGAACGCGUUUGAGAGCUGUGCAGCACCAAACCCUACGCAGUAGUAAAUGUAAUCUGACGUGAUGACGCGUUCGCGUUUACCAAUAUAAAAAAAACGCUUAAGCCUGAAAAACAUGCGUUUACUCAUGCGGAACCGUGACAUCCUUUUUGUUUCUGAGCAAACGUCGCAUUGCGUAUUGCUGCCACGGUGACGUGUAAUAACUGCAGGUGCUGGAAUCCACCGACGAUGAUGUAUGUUCAUGUUCCCCUUGCUUGCGGUCAAUAAACAGUUACACCACA